AUGGACCCCUCGCCGGCCCAGGCGGCCGCGGCGGAGCGCGACCGCUCGCCGCCGCCGCCCCCUCCCCCGCCCCCGUCCUCCUCCGCGUCGCCUCUCGCCGCCGUCUGCAGCUUCUGGAAAGACUUCGAUUUGGAGAAAGAAAGAAGUGGGUUGGAUGAGCAGGGUUUAAAGAUUGCGGAGAAUCAAGAGACGAGCCAGAAGAACCGACGUAGACUUGCUGAGAAUACUCGGGACUUCAAGAAGGCAUCUCCAGAUGACAAGCUUAGUUUGUUCAACUCAUUGCUUAAGAGUUACCAGGAGGAAGUUGACAAUCUCACAAAGAGAGCAAAGUUUGGAGAAAAUGCAUUUCUCAACAUCUAUCAGAAGCUCUAUGAAGCCCCUGAUCCAUAUCCAGCUCUUGCUUCUAUGUCUGAUCAAGACCAGAAACUAUCUGAACUGGAGACUGAAAACCGGAAGAUGAAACUUGAGCUUGAAGAAUACCGGGCGGAAUCUGCGCACCUAAAGAACCAACAGGCGACGAUUAGGCGACUUGAGGAGCGAAACCGCCAACUAGAACAACAGAUGGAAGAAAAAGUUAGAGAGAUGGUUGAAAUGAAACAGCGAAGCUUGGCAGAAGAUAGUCAGAAAACUCUCGAAGCCCUGAAAGAUAGGGAACGGGCGUUGCAGGACCAACUAAGGCAAGCUACAGAAAGUGUCAAGAAUAUGCAGAAGUUACAUGAAUCGGCACAAAGCCAAUUGUUUGAGCUUCGUACUCAAUCAGAGGAGGACCGGACAGCAAAGGAAGCUGAAGUGAGCCUUCUGAUGGAUGAAGUUGAACGCGCUCAAUCACGAUUAGUUAGCCUUGAGAGAGAAAAGGGGGAUUUACGGUCUCAGUUGCAGACAACAAAUGAAGACACAAGUAAUAAUAGUGAUUACGUGGACCCAAGUGAUAUACUUGAGAGUUCUUUGAAUGCCAAGGAGAAGAUUAUAUCAGAGUUGAAUGCAGAACUGCGUAACAUUGAAAGUACUUUAUCAAGUGAGAAAGAAAUGCAUGUGAAUGAAGUAAAGAAGUUGACUGCUUUACUCAGUGAGAAGGAAACUGCGAUAACGGAGUUGAAGAAAGAACUUCAAGAAAGACCUACGACUAGACUAGUUGAUGAUCUCAAGAAAAAGGUUCAGAUUUUGCAGGCUGUUGGGUACAACUCAAUUGAAGCUGAAGACUGGGAGCUAGCAACUAAUGGUGAAGAAAUGAGCAAACUGGAAGCUUUGCUUCUUGAUAAGAACCGCAAAAUGGAGCAUGAACUUACACAGUUGAAGGUUAAAAUAUCAGAGAAGUCAAGUCUUCUUGAGGAAGCCGGGAGAAAGAUCGCUGAACUAACUUCAAAGGUUGAAGAGCAGCAAAAAUUGAUUCUGAAACUUGAGGAUGACAUAUUAAAGGGCUGCAGUUCAACUGAUAGGAGGAGUUCUCUUUUGAAUGAUUGGGAUCUUCAAGAAAUAGGCUCAAAUGAAGUAUCGGAGGGUACUGAUCCAAGGAAUUCAUCACCAGACCAAGAUCAAAGUUCCAUGCUCAAGGUCAUCUGCAAUCAGAGGGACCGUUUCCGUACACGAUUACGUGAAACCGAAGAGGAACUGAGGAGAUUAAAAGAGAAGUAUGAAAUGCUAGCUGUAGAAUUGGAAAAAACAAAAGCUGAUAAUGUUCAAUUGUACGGAAAGAUUCGAUACGUCCAGGACUACAGUCAUGAGAAGAUUGUUUCUAGAGGACCAAAGAAGUACGCAGAAGAUAUUGAAAGUGGUUCUUCAGAUGUUGAAACAAAGUACAAGAAAAUGUACGAGGAUGACAUAAAUCCUUUUGCAGCUUUCUCGAGGAAGGAAAAGGAUCAAAGAUACAAGGAACUUGGUAUAAGAGAUAAGAUCACUCUCAGUAGUGGCCGUUUUCUCCUCGGUAACAAAUUUGCCCGGACAUUUAUAUUCUUCUACACUAUUGGAUUGCAUCUCCUUGUGUUCACACUGCUGUACAGAAUGUCAGCUUUGAGCUAUCUGAGCAUAACACCUGCACAUGAUGAGAUCAUCCUCGACGCUGGCAAUCAGACACUAUCGCAUAUGCCCUGA